AUGGAGUCUGGGAGCACAACCACCGCCGAUGUGCGCGAAGGGACCCCGCCAGAUCCCACUAAUAGUGAGGAACCCAAAGCGCCAGUAGAGGGCAGUGUGCAGUCUCCAGAGGCUGAAACCUUGACUAAGAAUAAACCCGACACGCGUAAGAAAUCCGCGAAGGAGAAGGGCUCCAAACAACGCUCAAAGCGGAAACCAAAGAAGGCGAAAAAGUCAUCAUCGCCUGCUGAAUCAUCCUCGUCCGACUCGGACAGUGAGGAUGAUGAGUCGUCAUCGGGUUCCUCGUCCGCUGAGAGCGACCGGCCCGAUGCUGAGGAAUCAAGGAAAAAGCAAAUGACCAAGAAACGCCCGGGAGCUCAGAAAGCGGAAAAGAAGGAAAAGAAAAAGGAGAAGAAAGAAACUCCAAAGAGGAAUCAGAAGCCCUCCAAAAAACAUGUGGAUUCGUCCUCUGAUUCUGAUUCCGAUUCCGAUUCUUCGUCCGGCUCUGAUUCGGACUCUGGUUCUUCGGGGAGUGAUAGUGGCAGCGGCUCAAAGAAAAAGAACAAGAGCCGGCGAAAGCAAGCAGACCUGACAAAGCAGCUUCAACAACUCAUUCUCCUCCAACAGCAGCAGCAGCAACAGCAAGGUGGUAGCCCAUACGGAUACGCUUCUAACAUCAACCACAACGCCCCGCCCCCCAUCUACGACUCUGGCCCCCGCCAUACUCCAUCAAGGGGACGUCGCGGGGCUCCCCGUGUGAGCGGGCAACCGCACCUGAAUCUCCACGGUCUCGAUCCCAACCUUGUGCUUGACCCCAGGCAACAAGACAAGAAGCGACAGACGGCAACCAAGCUAGACUACAAACGCGUCGACCAGGUUUGGGAUGACUCGAUCCACAACUACAAGCUCCAGGAUACGGCCGAGCGCACCGUUGAUGCCCAGUAUGACGAGUUCAUCUUCCACGUACGGCGGACUUUUGACUGGGAGGGCAAGUACAAGGCAACCAUCGUUGACAUCAAGAGCAAGCUGCUCCGCGAGUGUCUGCAGGAUGUCAUUGGGGAUAUCAAGGGCAUUAGUCUGGUCGACGACACGCCCAAGCUCGACCCCAACAUGCUCUUCUUGUACCUUGAGGAUCUCCGGAAGCACAUGAAGGAGCUAAAGAAGAUCAAGGUCACCAAGGGUGACAAACACGACCGCAAAAAGGAGCAGAAGAAGGUCAAGUCCAAGCGCCAGCAUCUCAAGGUGCUUGUCAAGUACAUUGACAAGGACUAUGCCGACACCAAGAACAGUCUUUACCCGAUGUUAGAGAACGGCCUCAUCACGUUCGACCUACUCUGGGCAUUAUGGAAGCCCGGCACACUGGCUUACACAACGACCUACGGCUCUCACGAUGAGCCGCGGGUGUUCAAGGUGGAGAUGGCCGAGAAGCACCAUGGGCUGAUGAAGGGCGACUUUUAUUUCAUCGAGGGCAAGUAUUUCGAGUAUGACGGUAAGCAGCACGGGUUUGGCAACAUGGCGCAGGAGAUUGGCGACUUUCGGGGCGCGCGCAAGAUCACCAGCCUGUCUUGUUACCCGCUCCAGUAUCACAAAAACGAGGCGCAGCUACGAAAAGACCUGAUUGAGCGUGGGCGCAAAUUUGUCUCGCUCAGCGGCGUGCAUUACAAGAGCCACCAAGGUAUGGCCUACUACAAAAAGAAGAAGUCGGUCAUCAAGGUCAACAUCAACGGCCGCAUUAUGAUCGACCCCAGCAUCCACCGGCGCAUCAACCCCAACUACCCCAUUUCGACGGUGCGGCCCAAAGACCACGAUGUUGUCUCCGACGAUUCAGAGGAAGAUGACUCGGAUGACGAGUCUGGCGGCUGUGGCUGUGGUUCGGACUCGGACGAUGAAGGUGAGGGUGGGAAGAUCAAGUAUGUGACCAAGGCGGUCAAGGAUGGGAAGGGCAAGAUCCGCAUGAUCCGUCUACCCAAGGUAGAUGGGGAAGAUGGAGAUGACGACGGGAAGGAGAAACUUGACAAGGUGCGGGCUAAGGGCGACGACGCGCCCCAGCAGGAUGAUGACGAGGAGGAUAAAGAAAAGGAGUCGACAACGAAGUCUCAGAAGGAGGGCGAAGAUGACGACGAAGAAGACAAGGACGCCAAGGAGGUGCCGGAAUUCACUGAAGAAGAGUACCUCAUCGCAUCCCCGGUGGUGCUUGGAUUUGCCUUCGCCGAGAAGUUAUGGCUCGAGUUUACGGUUUCUGGGGUCAAAGAGAUUCAGUGGAAUGAAACGGCGUACGAGUCCCUGGUCUUAGAGCCCAAGACAAAGGAUAUUGUCAAGGCACUUGUUGAGUCUCACAAGUACCACGCCGCCGAAAGCAUCGACGACGUGAUCCAGGGCAAAGGGAAGGGCCUUGUCGCUGUCCUCCACGGGCCUCCCGGCACGGGCAAGACUUUGACGGCCGAAGGCAUAUCGGAGCUGCUCAAGUGCCCGCUGUACAUGGUGUCAGCCGGCGAACUGGGCACCGACUCUCGGUACCUGGAGAGUGAACUCCAAAAGAUACUGGAUAUUUGCCAUGCGUGGGGCGCUAUUUUGCUCUUGGACGAGGCAGACGUGUUCUUGGAGAAGCGUAACAUGCAUGACAUCCAUCGAAAUGCCCUCGUCAGCAUUUUCUUACGGCAGCUGGAGUACUUCCAGGGCAUCCUGUUCCUGACCACGAAUCGGGUCGAGACCUUUGACGACGCGUUCCAGUCACGCAUUCACAUUGCGCUGCGAUAUGACAACCUAGACCUCCGAGCCAAGAGGGCCAUCUUCAAGAUCUUCAUUGAGCGGGUUCGGGUGCUCGAGAAGGUCAAUCUCAUGCCGUUCAGCGAGGAAGACUACACCACACUGGCGCGGCAUGAGCUCAACGGGCGGCAAAUCAAGAACACGGUGCGCACGGCGCAGGCGCUAGCCGUCAAUAAGGGAGAACCGCUCAGCAUGAGCCACAUCCGCCAAGUGCUUGAAGUCCAGACCAACUUUGAGCUCCUUCCUAGUUACCGCGAUGACUCGAUCCAAUCGGCCAUUCCCGCCGACAAAGUCACCGAGGUCGCCCUCCGCAUCCGCCACCUGAUCGAGGAAUGUGUGCCAUGCGAGCUCAAGGAGAACCACGUCACCUCGCCGCAUAGCAAAGUUAUCACGCCCAAAGUCGUUCAAGCCGCAAAAGAGGCCGGCGGCCACGAGCAUGCCGCCUGCGUGGUGUUCUGCCUGCUGGUCAACAAGCGCUGGUGGCGACACCAGGCCUUGCUGGAACUAUGGGACGCCGACUUGCACUACCUGCGCGCAACGGCCUGCGAAGUCAUCGCCAAGGCCAUCAUCGAGUCUGAAGAAAACCUCGAGUACCUGCUGCACUCAGUUCUGCUGAAGCGCUACUCGAUCGUCGUCGACGGUCACCCGACCCAGCCGAUCAACGUCAUCGAAAAGGCCGUCGACCUGCACGCCCUGCGCGUCAUCGGCUCCUCUGGCUACCAACGCUGUAUCAACUUCCUCUGGCGCGGCUGGUUGGUCCAGGAUGAGAACGAUCCGGCGACUUUUAUCGACUACAAAGACCGCGACAACAUUUCGUACUAUGCCCACCUGGAUCCCGAACGCAUGCGCUCGCCCAUGUACCAGAAUGCCACCCAAAUUCUCAUGUCGUUCAUCUAUCUCGGCCUGUACACGGUCGCCAUGAACACAGUCAACGAAGAUGGCGGCAUUGACUUUGUGGAAGUCUUGCUCUACCUCUUUACGCUGGGCUUCAUCUGCGACGAGAUCACCAAGUUAUGGAAGGCCGGCUACCAGAUUCUCAACUUCUGGAACGCGUUCAACUCCAUCCUCUAUGGCCUACUGACCACUAGCUUCGUCCUCCGCUGCAUCGCCCUCAGUCACUCCCCAGACGACCCGGACCGCUUGCGCCACCACUUCAGCACCAUGAGCUACAGCUUCCUCGCUGUGAGCGCCCCAAUGUUCUGGGCGCGCUUGCUGCUUUACCUCGACAGUCUCCGCUUCUUCGGUGCUAUGUUGGUCGUGCUCAAGGUUAUGAUGAAGGAGUCCAUCAUUUUCUUUGCUCUGCUUGCCUUUAUCGUCGUGGGUUUCCUGCAGGCGUUUAUAGGGCUCGACUAUGCCGACGACAGGGUAGUUGAGGACAUCCUCUUCAUUAUCCAGUCCAUGGCGAACGCGGUCAUGCAGUCGCCCGAUUUUAGCGGCUUCGAGAGAUUCCAACCGCCAUUUGGCUUGAUUCUCUACUACAUCUUCACCUUUGUGGUCAUGGUCGUCCUCCUCAACAUCCUCAUCGCUCUAUACAACUCUGCGUACGAAGACAUCUACGACAACGCCAACGACGAGUACCUCGCUAUGUUCGCCCAAAAGACCAUGACCUUUGUCCGUGCCCCCGACGAGAACGUCUUCAUUGCCCCCUUCAACCUGAUCGAGAUCUUUAUCCUCGUCUUGUUUUUCGAAUGGUGGUUGCCGAAAAAGACCUACGAGCGCAUCAACGACAUCGUCAUGGGCACCAUCUACUCGCCGCUCCUCCUCAUCUCGGCAUACUUCGAGACCUGCUCUGCGCGCAGCAUCCGUAAGAACCGCGCCCGUGGCGACGACGACGAUGAUACGGUUGAGGAGUGGGAGCAGAUGAUCGGGUCCACCGACUUUGAAUCGGACGGCUGGAAGAAGCAGGUUGAAGCGGUGAAGAGUAAUUUUGAGGAGGACCCUGCCGUGACUGAGGUCAAGAAGUUGCGGGAGGAAUUGGAUCAGUUGAAGGAAAUCAUCAUGGCAUUGUCUAAGUCGUUGAAUGAGGGGAAGAGCAGUAACGGUGAGAGCACGGUGAGCUGA